AUGUACAUCAAGAUUGAGAGCUGUCGGUUGAGGUGGUACAGGAAGAACCAGACGCAGAUCCGUGCCGAUUUGUAUAAAGGAGUUGUUGAUGCGAUCACAUCGGGUGAGACGCGAGCAAGCGCUGUUGGGGUAAGAAUAGUGCUCCCUGGAACUUACCCUGGUGGCGACCGCGACAUGAAGAAGAGACAUAUGGAUGCCAUGGCAAUUGUCCAUACAUACGGGAAGCCUGACAUCUUCUUGACCAUGACUUGCAACCCUAAAUGGGAAGAGAUAACAAAUGAGUUGCUUCCUGGACAGACGGCGCAAGACCGACCUGAUAUUGUGGCUCGCGUGUUCUAUGGCAAACUAGAGGCUAUGAAAGAUAUGUUGCUCAAGAAGAUGGUCCUGGGUGUUGUUGUUGCUUAUGUUUACGUAGUUGAGUUCCAGAAGAGAGGCCUCCCCCACGCACAUUUUUUGUUGAUCAUGGAUUCAACGUAUAAGCUUCUUGUCCCAGAGCAGUAUGACCGACUCAUUUCCGCAGAGCUCCCAGACAAGCAAAAGUAUCCUGAAUUGUAUGCAAUGGUGGUAAAACAUAUGAUGCACGGACCAUGCGGUGCUCUCAACCCGAAGAAUGUUUGCAUGCAAGAUAAUGAAUGCAAGUGCAGAUACCCGCGGCCGUUCAAUGAGAACACGAUACAAGGCAAGGACUCAUACCCAGUUUAUCGGCGUAGAGACGAUGGUAGACGCGCUAAGGUUCGAGGGAAAAUGUUGGACAACCGAUGGGUUGUGCCAUAUAACCCUUACCUUCUGUGGAUGUUUAAUUGCCACAUCAACGUCGAGGUCUGCUCUAGCAUAAAGGCUGUAAAAUACAUUUAUAAGUACAUUUAUAAGGGCCAUGAUAAGGCUUCUUUCAGCAUCGACCAGCCAGACGCUGAUGGUAACAUUGAUGAGAUCAAGAGAUACGUUGACGCAAGAUGGGUCACCCCUCCGGAGGCUAUGUGGAGGAUAUUUGGCUUCCCACUGUGUGCCAAUUACCCACCUGUCUUGCAGUUGCCUCUUCAUCUCCCGAAUAUGCACAGGGUUGCAUUCAAUGCACAGGCUGACUUGAAGAAUGUUGUAUCCUCCGAGAAUGCUUCAAAAUCCAUGUUAACGGAGUAUUUCAAGGCAAACGAACUACACCAGGAUUUCCCCGGAAGCUUCACGUGGGAGAAGAAAAAGAAGAUAUGGAAGAGGCGGGUGGAGCGUUUUCAACUAGGUCGUAUCGUGUCUGCCAAUCCUGCCGAGGGGGAGCGAUACUACCUUCGUGUGUUGUUGAACCAUGUUCUGGGGAAAACAUCAUUUGAGGACUUGCUCACCGUCAACGGCGUGGUAUGUGGGAGCUUUAGAGAGUCCGGUGAAAGGUUGGGACUCAUCGAGGCAGACAACACGCUCGACGACUGUCUUACUGAGGCGGAGCAGUGGGCUAUGCCAUGUUCUCUUAGGAGGCUCUUUGCAACAAUCUUGGUGCACUGCGAGCCAGGCGACGUGCGCGGGUUAUGGGAUAGACACCUCGAGCCUAUGUCCGAUGACUACCGUCGGACACGCACGUCCCCGAACGAGGUGGAGCAGAUGGUGUUGCUUGACAUUAGGGGUAUGUUGCAGUCUAUGGGUAAAGACAUUAUUGAUUUUGCUCUUCCAACGAUCGAUGAUGCAUUUGACCCAACCGAGGGCGAGGCCAGAGAGAUCAUCGAGGAAUCAACCAUUGAGUUUGACGAAAGUGACACUAAAUUGUCAUCUUCCCUGAAUUUUGAGCAAAGGGCUGCAUACGACGAGAUACUAGCGGCUGUUGAACGCGGUGAUGGGGGUAUAUUCUUUGUUGAUGGCCCUGGAGGUACGGGGAAGACCUUCCUUUAUAGGGCGAUGCUCGCCAAGGUGAGGCGCGAGGGCAAGAUUGCUAUCGCUACCGCGACGUCGGGCGUCGCUGCUUCUAUCAUGCCUGGCGGCAGGACUGCCCACUCGAGAUUCAAAAUCCCACUGAGUUGUGAUGAUGGAGCCUCGUGCAGCUUCACCAAGCAGAGUGGGACUGCCAAGCUGCUAAGGAUGGCCUCAUUGAUACUAUGGGACGAGGCCAGCAUGACUAAGCGACAAGCGGUUGAGGCAUUAGACAAUAGCAUGCGCGACAUCAUGGGAAUACGCGACCGACCCUUUGGAGGAAAGACUAUUGUUUUUGGCGGGGACUUUAGGCAGGUGCUUCCGGUCGUCAGAAGGGGGUCACGGGGCCAGAUAAUUGAUGCAAGCCUCUGA